AUGGCCGAACAAAAGAUUCACCUAGCCACCCUUGUCACGAACAUCAAGACUUGCAUUUCUAUUGUUCUUGAUUACGAUGGCACUCAAUACAACACUUGGUCUACUUUAUUCCAACUCCAUUGCCGCACGAAUUUAGUAAUCGACCAUAUCAUACCACCAGUUGUAAAUGAGAAGGAAAAGGCUCCUGAAACUUCUGACAAAGCUCUACGGCAACGACUUGAUGACAUUGUUCGUCAAUGGAUUUACAAUACUAUUUCCAAUGACCUUCUUAAUUCCAUUAUCGAUCCCGAUGACAAGGCUAUCGAUGCUUGGAAACGUUUGCAGAAUUUUUUCCUCAACAACAAGUCGGCCCAAGCAUCGCAUUACAUCUUGAUGCGCAAUUCACUAACACCAAGCUUGUUCAAUUUUGAUGGUGUUAAACCGUAUUGCACUCGCCUUAAAACCCUUGCAGAUAGUCUGAGAAACGUUGGUGACAAAGUGUCUGAUAAUCGAAUGGCAUUGCAAUUAUUGAAGGGACUAACGGAAGAAUACAAGCCCUUCCGUACCUCUGUUCGUCAUCUCAAUCCGCUUCCCACCUUUGACACCUUGCGCUCUAUGCUUGAAUUGGAGGAGCAGGGUAAUGCUUCCGAUAUUCCAGAAUCCGGCGAGGAGGCUCUUCUCUCACAGUCAUCCUCAUUCGCAUUGUUUAAUUCGCAGCAGGGCAAAGGGUUUUCGAUUCUUCUCGUGGAAAUUCACAGCUUGCUCGCGGUGGUUGGAAACCUAAGAGCAAAGGUGGCAAAAAAGGGCGGCGUUGGGUCUGGUGGUCGGAGCAACCAGGCGCUGUAG